UGGACAGAGAAUGAGGAACAAGAGUUCUUCUCUGUUGAAGUUGGUUUAAAAUCACACGUGCUGGACAUGGACAGACUGAUAGGAUUACUUUCAGAGAGAUCAGCUUCACAAAAUAACACGUUUACAGAAAGAUUUUCCUUUGAAAUGGACUACAGAGAUCGGGACAUCAAAGUUUAACUGGAGAACUGUUGUCCUGUGGUCAGAAUGAAUCCAGACUCCCUUGAGGCAUCCAUCCAGAGCUGUCUGUGUGUCCUCUACCCACCGUUUGAGGUCACUGCCCCGACUGUCCUCAGCCAGCUCUUCCAGGUCAUUGAUGGUCAUUACCACGGAGACGCCCUCCGGUGUCUGACCGACUUCCUCAUCCCUGCCAGACGUCUUCUGGAGAGCAUGCAGCAGAUGGCCUGUGCUCCGUACUCUGAGAAGGUGUUCAGCUGUUCCGGCUGGCCUUUGUGUUUACAUGAUCGUAUUGUGGUCCAGCUUGCUACUCUUAACCCUCUGCUGCUCAGACCAGGAGAUUUCUACCUGCAGGUUGUGCCUUUUGGGAACCAGGCCACCCAUAUCAUGGUCCAGAGCCUUCUUGACGAGGGGGAAUGUGAACUAGAGGAGCAACCAAUAUCGGAAAUUUCCUGCGCCAGUAUCUUCACCGAGAACUGGCUCAGGGACCUCAAUGCAGGACGACAUGGAACACCUCUCACACGUUGCGUCCUCAAAACUGAGCAGGGUGUAGUCAAGGUUCCCUGGGAAGAAGUGGUCAACCCUGAAUUUGUAGAGAAGAAUCAGCGUAUAGCCUCUUCUGAACCUUCAAACCAAGGUGAUUCGUCGUGUUUAUCCCACCAACAGGGUACAACUACAACCCCUUCGACUUUCUCAGUUGAGACACGAAUUUGUUCUGCAAGGGAUGGUAUAGCUGUGUCUUUAUGUUUGGUAGAAAGCAGCAGUACUUCCAGACACAGUGAGAUGGAUCUAACCCAGCCU